CUGAAGGAGGUUGAGAGGGGCCACAAGAAAGUGGGACUGAGCUCCACCCCACCCCCAUCAACGUUCUCUCUUCUGGACUUGAAAAGCCGUGGGCUGCUGGUCAAGGUGAGCACUAAGUCCUCAUUGCACCCCCACAGGUGGAUGUGACUUUAUAGCCGGGGAGUAAGGAGUCCUCUGGACUGCAGGAGGAAGAGAGGUGGGGAGCAAAGAAGGAAGGGGGGGGGGGAGAAUGAGGAAGCGGAGGUGAGGGGGAGGGAAAAGGCUAAAAAUAGCUUCGCCGCUGCGGGAACCAGGGUGGCGCUGAUGCUGCGGGAGGCAGCAUCGGAGACAUAGGAGGAAGAGACAGAAGCGAAGCGGGUCCUGAGGAGCCGCAGGAGGCCGCGGGCACCUCGGUCCCUUUGUCCGCAGUGCGCGCAGCUGCAGCCCCGCCUGCCUCCUCCAGUCGCCCGCCCGGGCUGCAGUCACCUCCAGAAAAUAUGCUCACCUUCUUCCUUCUGUCCGGCGGCUCCCUCUGGCUGCUCGUGGAGUUUGCCCUUUCAAUCCUGGAGAAAAUGCAAGCUCAGGAGAUCCUGAGGAGCCUGCGUCUGCCAGAGUUGGAUGAUUUCAGCCAGUUUUUGCGUAAUUUGCCAGCCACCACAUUAGUGGGAAUUGGGGCUUUUGCUGCUCUGCUGGCCUAUUGGUUUGCUAACCGGCCAAAAGCUGUUAAGCCUCCAUGUGACCUCCUGAUGCAGUCUGAAGAAGCGGAGGGCUUUGAUGGAGCUCGGAGAUCUGUGAUUGGAGGCAGCCCCAAGUUGCUGAACCAUUAUUAUGAUGAUGCUAGAACCAUGUAUGAAGUCUUCAGAAGGGGAUUGAACAUCUCUGGAGAUGGUCCCUGCCUUGGAUCCAGGAAGCCCAAGCAGCCAUAUCAGUGGUUGUCCUACAGGGAGGUGGCAGACAGGGCAGAGUUCCUGGGAUCAGGACUCCUUCAACAUGAAUGUAAACCAUCAACAGAGCAGUUUAUUGGUGUGUUUGCUCAGAACCGGCCAGAGUGGAUCAUCUCAGAGCUGGCCUGCUAUACCUAUUCCAUGGUGGUGGUUCCACUAUAUGACACAUUAGGCCCAGGUGCCAUUCGCUACAUUAUUAAUACAGCUGAUAUUGCCACAGUGAUUUGCGAUAGACCUGAAAAAGCCAUACUUCUCCUGGAAAAUGUGGAAAGAAAGGAAAUUCCCGGCCUGAAAUUCAUUAUUCUCAUUGAACCAUUUGAAAAGGACUUGAAAGAACGAGGGAAGAAAUGUGGUGUGGAGAUUCAGUCCAUGAAGGAAGUCGAGGAUUGUGGACGAGAGAAUCAUCAUCCUCCUGUGCCUCCUCGGCCAGAAGACCUUUCAAUCGUGUGUUUCACCAGUGGUACUACAGGGAACCCGAAAGGUGCGAUGCUCACCCAUGGGAAUGUGGUUGCUGAUUUUUCAGGCUUUCUGAAAGUCACAGAGAGUCAGUGGUCACCCACUUGUGAGGAUGUACACAUUUCCUAUUUGCCUUUAGCACACAUGUUUGAGAGAAUGGUACAGUCAGUAGUGUACUGCCAUGGAGGGAGAGUUGGAUUCUUCCAAGGAGACAUCCGCCUUCUGUCAGAUGACAUGAAAGCUUUACAUCCUACUAUCUUUCCAGUGGUCCCCAGACUGCUAAACAGAAUGUAUGACAAGAUAUUCAGCCAAGCAAAUACUCCAUUAAAACGGUGGCUCUUGGAAUUUGCUGCAAAGCGUAAGAAGGCUGAAGUUCGAAGUGGAAUCAUUAGAAAUGAUAGCAUAUGGGAUGAGCUUUUUUUUAAUAAGAUUCAGGCUAGUCUCGGUGGGCGUGUAAGGAUGAUUGUUACUGGAGCAGCUCCUGCAUCUCCCACGGUCCUGGGUUUUCUUCGUGCAGCCUUGGGGUGUCAGGUAUAUGAAGGUUAUGGCCAAACUGAGUGUACAGCUGGGUGUACUUUUACAACCCCAGGGGACUGGACCUCAGGUCAUGUGGGUGCACCAUUACCCUGCAAUUACAUCAAACUGAUAGAUGUGGAAGAACUGAACUAUUUUGCCUCCAAAGGAGAGGGAGAGAUCUGCGUGAAAGGACCAAACGUUUUCAAGGGUUAUCUUAAAGACAAGGAGAAAACUGAUGAGGCAUUGGACAAAGAUGGCUGGCUUCACACUGGAGAUAUUGGGAAGUGGUUACCUACGGGCACUCUUAAAAUUAUUGAUCGGAAAAAGCACAUAUUUAAACUUGCUCAAGGAGAAUACAUUGCUCCAGAAAAGAUUGAAAACAUCUACAUUCGGAGUGAACCAGUAGCUCAGACUUAUGUGCAUGGAGACAGCUUACAGGCCUUCCUGGUGGGUAUUGUUGUACCUGAUCCUGAAGUCAUGCCUAGUUGGGCAAAGAAGAAAGGAUUUGAUGGAACAUAUGCAGAGCUCUGUCAAGAUAAGGAGCUGAAACAAGCUAUAAUGGAUGAUAUGGUCAGACUAGGAAAAGAAAGUGGACUACAUUCCUUUGAACAGGUUAAAGCCAUUUACAUACACUCUGACAUGUUCUCAGUACAAAAUGGCUUGCUGACGCCAACAUUAAAGGCUAAGAGACGAGAACUAAGAGAUUACUUCAAAAAACAAAUAGAAGAGCUUUACUCAACCUCUAUGUGAACUUCAAGGGCAGUUCUUAACAUAUUGGACGAUGUAGCAAUAUCCUAGUGAUGCUUGAAAGUGUGGUCAAAAUGAUGCGGUUGAAAGUGACUAAGCACCUGACCUUAUGACUGAGCCUUUUCUUGUUUGAAGAAAUCUUUAACAAUAUUUUCUUUAUCAUCAUUGAGCACCAUAUAUUUUUAUUGAACUGACAUUGUAAUAGGCUGCUAUGAAUAUGGCAUAUGGCAAUGUAAAGACAUCAAGACAUCAUCUCCUGUAUGGUAUCCCACUAAAAAUUAAUAUGUGUAUAUAUAAUCUCAAUGUUCAGAGAAAUUCUAUUAAAUAUGGAGGGAAAACACAAUUGAAAUAUUCUAUGUAAUUAUUUGAAAGCUAGUCACAAGAUGGCAUGCAUACCUAGACAAUGUUGGUCUACCUCAUUUAAUAACCAAUACUCAAAAAUCACAGUUCAGUCUGGCUUAAAAAUUUAGAUUAAUAGUUACACUAAAUCUUGUUCAAGACAGAGAACAUCUUCCAUAUUUGGCAGAACUUCAGUGUCUUUCAACAUAAUCUAAUCCUUACUGAUAUGACCAUCAACACACAUUCCAGACCAAGGAGCAAGUCAUCAUUGUUUCAUGCUUAGUCAUAGUCAUGAGAAAAAUAUGGAACCAGCCAAGGUAAACUAUACAGGAAUUACUCAGAAAGACAAAUAUUACAAACCUAUUUCCAGGAUGAUAUUUGUAUAUUCAUGGAUGUUCAAGUGGCACAAACUCUAGGUGAUUACAUUUUCUGACUUUCCAAAAGUCCCUCUGAGGAAAACUUGAACAAAACAACAAAACAACCUAUUUCUCAGGAUAGUACACUGUUAAUGUAAAUAAGCUAAAAGCUAACUCCCUGCUAGAAUAUUUCAGUUAUCAUCUGAAACUGUGAAUGCUUACCCUAGCAAGCCCAAUUAUAUGAAUAUUUCUGUAUAGCGAUAGAUAAAAUAAGAUAGAAUCCGGAUAUGGCCCGUCACAAAGAAAUCUGCAAAAUACUCACUUGCUUGACACAAAAAGAGAUUUUUGGUUCUUUAUUCCUAGAAUACUAUAUAGGAUUGAGUGCCAUUCUCCAAAGGUAAUAUGGUUCCAUAUCCCAUAUAGUGCUGAGUACAAAGUUCAACAACCUCCAAAUUGCUACUGAAAAAAAUAUUAUGAUACAGCUUGGAGUACAGAAAUGUGUUCUUAAGACCACCCAUCUCUUAACAUCUCUGAAUGGCUUUAAAAACUAAAGAAGACUGUUUUCCUUCAUAUUAUGACUACUAUAUAUGUCUUUCUUUUCUUCAAUGGGAAAAAAAAUGCCUUUUACCUGGAUAUCAUCCAUUUCAUACAACAGAAACCCAGUUAUCAUGGAAAGCAAUUAAAUUAGACAACAACCAUUCUGUUUCUGGGAAGAUUAGAACUCCAAAAAAGAGAGGGCAUUAUUUCCCUAUUAGAGAUUCUGUGAUUAGAAGCCAAAGGUGCUGAAUGAUUCAACAACCAAGCAACCAGAGAUGCUCAUUUUGGUCAGAGAGGAUCCUAAUAUUUUGUAAAUAAAUAAAUGUGAUCACUUAGAAACUACAUACAUGUAUGGGCUUGCUUGAUAAAUGCCUUCUGGAACAACAAUCUUACAUUUCUUUGUCAGUUUCCAACUGGAAUGGGCUAAAGCUUCAAUCUAAAAAACUACUAUGUUUAUUUUAUCUGUCAGAUACUUUAACAUGUCUCUCAAAUUCCAUUGCAUGCCUUUGCAAGUUUAAUAAAUUGAAUGAAUGAACUAGCUACAUACAGACUGACAAAUUACAUUUCUGAAUAAGAAAUACUCAAAUUGUUACAAACAAGAAAAAAGAUUGCAUCUAUAUUGCAUUGGUUUUUCUUUAUAUAUAGAAUUUGACUAAUUAAAUGAUGAAUUCAUUGUUUGACUGAUACUGAUGCAAUUUUUUAGCCAAGUGACUUGUUUCUUAAUUAAACAGAAAUGAAAAAGAAGCUUUUUUCCAAUGUUCUUCCAUUGUAGUAUGAACUUCAUUAUUUACCUUUAUUUCCAAAAGAAUCUUACAUGUACAAGGAGCACAAAAGUAUUUUUGUACAAAUAAGAGAAACCCUAUUUUUAUCUGACUCCUGCCCUAUACCUGCCAACUUCAGUUAUUAGUAAAAAUGUAACCAGUUUUCUCUCACUUAAAAGGUCAACUGUUUUUUGUCUUUCCUGAAUAACAGAAAUGUUCAACUAUAGCCAGGGAGUGAGAGAAAUUAAGCAAGUACAAGUUAAAGUGAAAUGAAUGGCAUGGAUAUUAAAUAUGUUGCAUGCUAUCUUGAUAAGUUCUUCUCCAUUAAUACUAUCUAAUUUCUAAUGAAAAGACAAUCAAGAGAACAUUUUCUUAUGACAAAUCUUACAUUCACAAAUCAAUAUACAUUAUUUAGACAGAAAAAAACGGUGAAUUGUUUAAAGAGACAAGACAGGAAAAAGCCAUACUGGAAACAUCAAAACAUCCCUGAACAGAUUCAUAGUAAUUUAUUUAGUCCCUGAGAUUUCACUAACUGUGACUAUGUAAAAUACAGAGUUCCUGUUCAACAGCCAGGGAUCUACCUGGUCUUAUAGACAAGCAUGUUCAGCCUUUUAGGUUGUUCUUCAUUGAAAGUGUGCUUAUUAUUCCCAUCAUUUGCUUAAGUUUUGAAUUUCUAACAAUCUUUUACAGUACUAUAGUUACUAUCUAAUACAAUUUGCACUAUUUCUAUUCACUUUGGCCACAAAGAGUGUCUUGUUGGUCUAUAUUCAGACAUUCAGGAUGAUUCCAACAAAUCAAGAAUAUGCACAUAGCAUCCCAUGUCAAUUUAUGCAAGCUGUCCUGAAAUCUGCCAUAUGCUAAAAAUCAGGAAAUAAACAGCAAAUUCCCACAACUCGAAUAAAUCACUUUGGGGCCCUAAACUUAAAGAACUGCAAAAAAAGAGAAACAAAAAAAAUUUUUUUUCAUUAUAAAUAUGAAUUUUUUACAUAUAAAAUUCUUACCUGAUAAUAAUACUUUUAGCAGUUCAAUGUCAACACCUUGGAUUUGAUUUUACUAUAUAUGUAUAUAAUAUAUAGAAAAUAAAUGACAUUUUUUCUGCUGUGAAGAAAAAUUAACUUCCAUGUAUUUAAAGCAUACAUUUUUGGUCAUUUUGUAUUGAAUAUAAAACCCUAUAAGAGAUGAAUGUAAAGAAAGGGAAAAAAUAUUUUUGAAUGAAAAGGACCACUUAAGAACUUGUUUAUUCCUCAGGAAAAAGAACUGAUGAAGACUCUCCCAUACAAAUGAGAUCUAGCUAAGCUGGCUAUAUUUCUUUUACUUAUUUUUAUUGUAAAGUAAUAUUUCUAUGGAAAUAAAAAAGGAUACUAGUUGUCCAAAGAAUUCAUCUAUUUAUAUUUCAUAGUCUUUACUAUGACAUUUCAAUCGCAACUAGCAUGGGAUUAAAGUUUAUGAAAUCAGAAAUAAGAUACUUCUGUUACAACAUCUUAGCAAUGAAAAUAAAGAAAAGGCAUGUAAGCACUUUGAAUCUGAAUCUCUGUAAUAUUGGUCCUAGUAGAAAAAGUUUUCAUGAUGGUAAUGCUGGCUUUUAAACCCUUCACUUGACUGAUGGUUUUGACUUUUCUUUUUUUUAAGAAUUUUUUUAAAGGCAUUUUCUGAAAUGUUGCUUAUCCUAAUUUUACAUUUUUUAAGUGAGGGGAUUAAAAUAUUUCACAUAUAUGUACAAGUGUCUUAAUUGUAAUGACCUUUUCAGUUUUGUUAUAAUAGCAUGUAUAUUUAGAAUAUAAAAUGCAUUUAUGAAAACUUUUAUAAAGAAAUAAAUUUCAAUUUUCAAAGUUA